CAGGAGGCAAUUCUGCUGUGUGGCAUGGACGUUGCUGCCGGGAUGGGGUACUUACACCAUUUGGAAAUCGUGCAUGCAGACCUCAAACCCGCCAACAUCUUACUGAUGAGCGCCCCUAAAACCCCUGAAGACCCAAGGGGUUUCAUCUGCAAGAUCGCCGAUUUUGGGAUGGCUCGGUUGCUGGCAACUGGAACUACCCACACUGUCACCGACAGCCUCGGCUCGCUGGCGUACGUGGCUCCGGAGGUGCUCCAGAGGGGCGAGGUGACUAAGGCCGCUGACGUGUACAGCUUUGCAAUGCUGCUGCUGGAGAUGUGGGGCAGCAGCGAGUCAUAUGCCGCAAAUAAUCACCAGGGGGUGAGCCAUCCUGCAGAUCCACCCAGAAUCUCUUUCUGCGGCGGCCGGCCGCGGGUCCCGGAGGACGCCCCGGCCGAGUACCGGCAGCUUCUGCACGACUGCUGGGCCGAAAGACCGGCGCAGCGGCCGACUUUUGAAGCUGCGCAUGCAAAUCUUACUUUGAUGCUAGCCGCUGCGCGAGCCUAG